CGUCGAGAAGAAGACGACGAAGAAGAAGACAAGGCGAGGGAAGACGAAGACGCAGAUAGUCACAGCGCAGACAGAACAUGGAAAUGGCCGCGCCAGCUGAAAGGAUGGAGGUUUCUCAGGGGGAGAGCUCAGUUAAGCCUGCAGCUGAAGACAUGACAUCCAAAGACUACUACUUUGACUCCUACGCCCACUUUGGAAUCCACGAGGAGAUGCUGAAAGAUGAAGUUCGCACUUUGACUUACCGUAACUCCAUGUUCCACAACAAGCACCUUUUCAAAGAUAAGGUGGUUCUGGAUGUGGGCAGCGGGACGGGCAUCCUCUGCAUGUUUGCUGCCAAAGCAGGUGCCAAGAAAGUCAUCGGGAUCGAGUGCAGCAGCAUCUCAGAUUACGCUGUGAAAAUCGUGAAAGCCAACAACCUAGAUGAUGUUGUGACUAUCAUUAAGGGGAAGGUGGAGGAGGUGGAGCUGCCAGUGGACGGAGUGGAUAUCAUCAUCUCUGAGUGGAUGGGCUACUGUCUCUUCUACGAGUCCAUGCUGAAUACAGUCAUCUACGCCCGGGACAAAUGGCUGAAACCAGACGGCCUCAUUUUUCCAGACAGAGCGACUCUGUACGUGACUGCCAUUGAAGACCGGCAGUACAAGGACUACAAGAUCCACUGGUGGGAGAACGUUUAUGGCUUCGACAUGUCCUGCAUCAAGGAGGUGGCCAUAAAGGAGCCCCUGGUGGAUGUGGUGGAUCCCAAACAGUUGGUGUCAAACUCCUGCCUCAUCAGGGAGGUGGACAUCUACACGGUGAAGGUGGAGGACCUGACCUUCACCUCUCCGUUCUGCCUGCAGGUUAAGAGGAACGAUUACAUCCACGCCCUGGUCACCUACUUCAACAUCGAGUUCACUCGCUGUCACAAGAGGAUCGGCUUCUCCACCA